AUGACCAUGGCCAAGAAGAACCACGGCGAGAUCAGCUUGCACGACGAAGACCGCGGCCUGCUCGCCCAAUAUCCCGAGCCAGAGACAGAGCGCAAUGGCAAUGGCGGCGACCUCGGCAUCAUCACCAGCGUCCUCAAGUCGUCGCGCCCCGAUUUCGAGCCCGAAGUCAAGACGCCGCGGACCCCCGGCAGAGUCCAGUUCGAUCUGACGCCGCGCAUCCUCAACUUCAGCGACGCUCCCAACGGCCGGCCCUCGACCUCGUCGUCCUUUUCGUCGGCCGAUCGAUUCGACUUCGACGACUCCGGCUCCGGCCACGACUCGCACCGCGUGCCGCUGCUGACGGACCUCGAGGCGCCGAGUAUAACCGUGGCCCGAGAGUGGGAUGAUGCUGGCGAGGGCGACGAGGAGAACGCGGCCGAGGCCGAGCUGCGGCGGCCCAAGUCUGGGCUCAAGUCUGCCUUUAUGAACAUGGCCAAUUCCAUCAUCGGCGCCGGCAUCAUCGGCCAGCCAUAUGCAAUGCGGCAAGCGGGCCUGCUGGCGGGCACGCUGCUCCUCAUUGCCCUGACGAUUGUGGUGGACUGGACCAUCUGCCUCAUCGUCAUCAACAGCAAGCUGAGCGGCACCAGCAGCUUUCAGGGCACGGUGCAGCAUUGCUUUGGGCGGCCGGGACUCAUUGCCAUCAGCGUUGCGCAAUGGGUGUUUGCCUUUGGCGGCAUGGUGGCCUUUGGAGUCAUUGUCGGCGAUACGAUUCCACACGUGUUGACAGCCAUCUGGACCGACCUGGCGAAUGUGCCGGUGCUGGGGCUGUUGACGGAUAGAAGAGUCUCCAUUGCUGUGUUUUGCAUGGGAAUAAGCUAUCCUCUGACACUAUACAGGGACAUUGCAAAGCUGGCCAAGGCAAGCACAUUGGCCCUUAUCGGCAUGCUGGUCAUUGUCGUUACGGUGCUGGUUCAAGGCGUGCUCGUUCCAUCGGCCGAUCGAGGCUCCUUUAGCAUGCCGCUGUUGACCGUCAACAGCGGUAUAUUCCAAGCCAUUGGCGUUAUAUCAUUUGCAUUCGUCUGUCACCACAACUCCCUCCUCAUCUACGGCUCGCUCAAGACCCCCACGAUCGACAACUUCUCCCGCGUCACACACUAUUCCACCGGCGUUUCCAUGUUCGCCUGCCUGAUCAUGGCCCUCGGCGGCUUUCUCACCUUUGGCGACAAGACGCUGGGCAACGUGCUCAACAACUUUUCGUCAGACAACUCCAUGGUCAAUGUUGCGCGGCUGUGCUUUGGCCUCAACAUGCUGACGACUCUGCCUCUGGAGGCGUUUGUCUGCCGCGAGGUCAUGAUUACCUACUUUUACCCCGACGAGCCGUUUGAUAUCCGGCGGCAUCUCAUCAUCAGCACGGCACUGGUCGCAGGUGCUACGACUUUGAGCAUGUUGACGUGCGACCUGGGCAUCGUCUUUGAGCUCGUGGGCGCAACCAGCGCCGUGGCCAUGGCGUACAUCCUGCCGCCCAUGUGCUACAUCAAGCUGACGACGCGAAGCUGGCGCACAUACGUGGCCGCGGCGGUGGUGGUGUUUGGAGUUGUCGUCAUGAUCAUUAGUGUGAUUCAAGCGAUAGAUAAAUUGAUACAUGGUUCAGAUGCCGCAGCGAAAUGCACGUAG